AUGUGGUCUAGAGGCGGCGCGUCCGUGGCGCCAGUGGGAAAGCCGGCAGCGUACGGCGCGCGAGCACCUAUGGCUGCUGCAGCGGUCCCCGAGACUCCCCCCUUUGCACUACCCUCGUCUCCUCUCUCCUUGUUCAAGUUACCCUUAACUUCGACCCCCUCUGUAUUGCGGCGGCGUGCCUUCGUCGCGCUUUUUCCUGUCCAAUCAUCGGUUCAUGGCGGCGGAUUCCGACCAAUCACAGCGCACGAAGGCGUGGAGGUGGGGGCCGUGGCGCUCAACGCGGUGCAGCGCCGCAACGCGCGCGUCUCUGCGGGCGACCGGGUGCCGGUGGGGAGGUGGGUGGUGGCGAUAGCGACCGGGGGGAGCGACAGGGUGGCUGCGGGUAGGGGGGAGGGAGAGAGGGUGCCUAUGGGGGAAAGGGGGGAGGGAGAGAGGGUGCCUGUGGGGGAAAGGGGGGAGGGAGAGAGGGUGCCUGUGGGGGAAAGGGGGGAGGGAGAGAGGGUGCCUGUGGGGGAAAGGGGGGAGGACAGGGUGCCUGUGGGGAGGUUCGUUCCCCCACCAAUGAACUUUGAGCUACAGACCACCACGCUGGAGAUUGACUUCCACUCCAAGGGCCGAGCCAGAGCCGAGCAGCUGGACGCAGCAGAGCUAUCAAAGGACGUGCUGAAGCGCUUUGCAGGGCAGGUGCUGACAGUGGGGCAGAAGAUCUCCUUUGAGUUCCGCGGCACCAACUUCGCCCUCACUGUCAUUCUCGUGGAGUUCCCAGCGCCUGAGGGGCAGGAGGGCGCACGGGCGUUUACCUCCACGCGAGGGCUGCUGGUGAAGCAGACAGGGAUCAUCUAUGAAGCUGCUGCUGGCUCAGGCAUCAGGGCUGCUGGUGAAGCAGACGGGAUCAUCUAUGAGGCUGCUGCUGGGUCAGGCAUCAAGGUGCCAAAUCGCUACUGCCAAUCACUACUACUGUUCAAGCAGAAGGACUUCAACUUUGAGAAGCUCGGCAUUGGAGGGCUCGACGCCCAGUUUUCCCAUGUGGUGAAUCAGAGGACAGGGGGUGCCAAAGCAGCAGCGCUAUUCAAGCAGAAAGACUUCAACUUUGAGAAGCUCGGCGUUGGAGGGGGUGCCAAAGCAGCAGCGCUAUUCAAGCAGAAAGACUUCAACUUUGAGAAGCUCGGCGUUGGAGGGGGCGGCAAGGCAGCGGCGCUAUUCAAGCAGAAGGACUUCAACUUUGAGAAGCUUGGCAUCGGAGGUCUUGAUGCCCAGUUUGCUGAUAUCUUCCGCCGAGCCUUCGCCUCCCGCGUCUUCCCACCGCACAUCAUCUCGCGCCUGGGCAUCACGCAUGUGAAGGGCAUGCUGCUGCACGGGCCCCCCGGCACGGGCAAGACGCUGAUUGCGCGGCAGAUAGGCAAGCUGCUGAACGGCAUGGAGCCCAAGGUGGUGAACGGCCCUGAGAUUCUGGACAAGUACGUGGGAGCAGCAGAGAAGAACAUCCGAGACCUGUUUGCGGAUGCUGAGAAGGAUCAGAAGGAGCACGGGGACGAGAGCGAUCUGCAUAUCAUCAUCUUUGAUGAGAUCGACGCCAUCUGUAAGAGUCGAGGGUCUGUACGCGAUGGCACGGGGGUGCAUGACAGCAUAGUCAACCAGCUGCUCACAAAGAUUGAUGGAGUAGAGUCGCUGAACAACAUUCUUCUCAUCGGCAUGACCAAUCGGAAAGACAUGCUCGACGAGGCUCUGCUCAGACCGGGUCGACUGGAGGUGCAGAUCGAAAUAGGGUUACCAGACGAGGAGGGGCGAGUGAAGAUCCUGGCCAUCCAUUCCAACAAGAUGCGUGAAAACUCCUUCAUGGGUGCUGACGUGGACCUCCACAGCUUGGCUGCCCGCACCAAGAAUUUCAGUGGAGCAGAGCUAGAAGGACUAGUCAAGAGCGCUGUCUCCUUCGCGCUGUCAAGGCAGACGGACCCGUCAGACCUGACCAAGGCGAUAGACGAGGACAACAUUCGGGUGACCAUGGUGGACUUUGAAGAGGCGCUCAAGGAGGUGCGGCCGGCUUAUGGCGCCAACACAGAGCAGCUUAACAUGUACCGUCUGAACGGCAUGCUGCAGUCCCUGACAGCGCACCACCACAUCCUCUCCACCGCUAAGCGCCAGGUGCUGCAAGUGCGGAGCAGCGAGAGAACGCCCCUGCUGACGUGCCUGCUGGAAGGGUCGCCAGGGAGUGGAAAGACGGCUCUUGCUGCAACGAUUGCCAUGGAAAGCGGUUUCCCCUUUGUUAAGAUGAUCUCAGCAGAGACGAUGGUGGGCAUGUCAGAGCCGUCCAAAUGCUCAGCCAUAGCCAAGGUGUUUGACGACGCAUAUAAAUCCGCAUUCAGCAUCGUGAUUCUGGACGACAUAGAGCGCCUCUUUGAGUAUGUCAGCAUCGGCCCGCGCUUCUCCAACCUCGUGCUGCAGUCGCUGCUCGUGCUCGUCAAGAGGCUUCCGCCUGAGGGUCACAAGCUGUACGUGAUCGCAACCACGAGUCUGCCCGAGGCUCUUCAGCAGGCCAUGCACCUGUCGUCCUCCUUCAACACUGUUCUCACCGUGCCCACGCUUUCCCGCAUCGAAACCAGGGCGGCACUGAAAGAGCUGGACGUGUUCGAAGCAGACGACAUUGACACUGCUGUGGAUGCUCUUCACUCCACAGUGGAAGAG